CAAACUGCAGAAGAUGAGAAAUGAGUGAACCAAAACAAAACAAUAAAUUUAUAAUUGCCACAACACCACCUAUUACUUUUGACUAAGAAGCAAGAAACCAACCAAGUCUUUAACCUUUCCUAACAAGCUUUUAUUGCAAUGGCAUCAUCAUCAUCAUCAUCAUAUAUUGUGGCCACUUUAUCACCUAAUAACUCUCUACUUUUCUCACAAACCAGACUCACUGGUGCUAACUGGGUUCAUUUUCCAUCAACUAGUAGGAGGAGAGUAGGUAGGGUAAGAGCAGAGACUGAAAGUAUGGCUACUGUCACAGAGAAACUUGGCAUCAAGGUUGAGAGGAACCCUCCUGAGACAAAACUCACUGAACUUGGUGUCAAGCAAUGGCCUAAAUGGGGUUGCCCUCCAAGCAAAUUCCCAUGGACAUAUGAAGCCAAAGAGACUUGCUAUCUUUUGGAAGGGAAGGUGAAGGUUACACCAAGUGGGGCAGAUGAGUCAGUUGAGAUUGGCGCCGGUGACUUGGUUGUGUUUCCAGAAGGGAUGAGUUGCACUUGGGAUGUGUCUGUUGGUGUAGACAAGCACUACAAAUUUGAGUAAAUCUGCUGUAGUGAUCUAUAAGUAGCAUCACUCUCUUAAUAUCCUUGUAUUUGGAGAUGUUUAGUUCUUAGCAUAUUAGUGUUGAGAUGUUAGUUCUUAAUAUCACUCUCAUGUUAGUGUUAAAGAAAAAAUGAAUAAAUCUUAUGUGAUGAAUAAAGAUCAUGACUUUCUGGAAAGUUUGGACAUGGCAAGAUUUUGAAGUGGUUAUUAGGUUUUGUGGCUCCAGUUUCUUUGUGAUUUCAUGACCAAAUGCUCAAAACUUGGACAGGUUAUUGAGCUUCAAAGAUUGUUAUUAUUUCACAUUGAUGUCAAGCAUGAUCAUGUUUAAAUUGCAAGUAAAUACUUUCUGGAGCAA